UGAAACCUUUGAGAGAUUAGCGAUAUUUGGGUUUUUUGCUAAUUUUAUGGUGUAUUUAACAAGGGAACUUCACUUAGAUCAAGUUUAUGCUACUAACAUACUCUACAUAUGGGGUGGGAUCACAAACUUUGCUCCUUUAGUUGGUGCCUUCAUUUCUGAUGCAUACGUAGGCCGCUUUUGGACUAUAGCGUUUGCUUCUUUCGCUUCACUCAUGGAGAUGAUAAUGGUGGCUUUAACAUCUUGGUUACCAAAGUUGCACCCUCCACCUUGUACUCCACAUCAACUAGUAAUUGACGAAUGUAUCAAAGCAAAUAAUUCUCAAAUGAGUGUGUUAUUCUUGGGACUUGGUUUCCUAACCAUUGGCUCUGCUGGGAUAAGACCAUGUAGCAUACCAUUUGGUGUUGACCAAUUUGAUCCAACAACAAAUGAAGGAAAGAAAGGGAUCAAUAGUUUCUUUACUUGGUAUUAUACCUCAUUAACAUUGAUAUUAUUAUUCACCCAAACAGCGAUGGUUUAUAUCCAAGACUCGGUGAGUUGGAAGUUAGGGUUUGGGAUACCUGUUGUAUGCAUGGGUUGUGCGAUAAUUUUGUUCUUUAUUGGAACAAGGGUCUAUGUGCAUGUGAAACCUGAAGGAAGCAUUUUUUCUGGAAUUGUCGUAGUUUUGGUGGCUGCCUACAAAAAGAGAAAUGUUAAGCUUCCAAGUGAGGAGGAUUCAUAUGCAGUUUUCUAUGAUCCUCCAUUGAAUGGUACUACUGUUUCAUCAAAGCUCUCUUUAACUCAACAAUUCAGGGCCUUGAACAAAGCAGCACUAAUAGUGGAGGGUGAAUUAAAUUCAGAUGGGAGCAUAGUAAACAAGUGGAAACUUGCAAGCAUUCAACAAGUAGAAGAGGUUAAAUGUUUAGCAAGAACUUUUCCAAUUUGGGCAGCUGGGAUUCUUAGUCUCACAUCCAUAGCACAACAAGGAACAUUCACUGUAUUACAAGCCUUGAAAAUGGACAGACACUUAGGACCCAAAUUUCAAAUCCCAGCUGGUUCAAUGGGAGUCAUAUCAUUAAUCACCAUAGCUUUAUGGCUUCCAUUAUAUGAGAAAUAUUUAGUGCCAACCCUAAGAAAAAUGACUAAUAAAAAAGAAGGUAUUACCCUACUUCAAAGAAUUGGAGUUGGCAUGUUAUUCUCUAUUCUUUCUAUGAUUGUUGCUGGCUUUGUUGAGAAGAUUAGAAGAGAUUCAGCAAAAUCUAACCCAAGUCCACUUGAAAUUGCUCCCAUGUCAGUUUUAUGGCUAGCACCUCAAUUGAUCCUUAUGGGUCUUUGUGAGGCCUUCAAUAUUCUAGGGCAAAUAGAGUUCUUUAAUAUGCAAUUUCCUGAUCACAUGAGAAGCAUUGGAAAUUCAUUAUUUGCAUGUUCUUUUGCUGGGGCUAGCUAUGUGAGCAGUAUACUAGUCAACAUAAUUCAUCAUACUACAAGAACACAUGAUCAUCCUGAUUGGUUGGUAAAUGAUAUAAACAAGGGCAAGAUAGACUACUUUUAUUAUCUUAUAGCUAUGAUAGGGACAUUGAACUUUGUUUUUUUUAUUUAUGUUGCUAGAAGAUAUCAAUACAAGGGUGUUGUGAACCUAGAUAAACCUUCUGAUGUUGAGCUAGAAACACAUGCAAAAUAA